AUGAAGUCUAAACUUCAGAAAUAUUUCUCCCUUUUUGCUUUUGCGGUGGUAAUUUUCAUCGUAUUUACGAUAUGGACAGCGUUUGAUCAUCGUAGGAGAGGUUUCAAGCUAGUAGAGUCGCACUCACAAACACUGGAAACACCACAUCUUUUCGAUAUUCAACGGAAGCACCCGACCAGUGAGCGAAAAAGCAUCCUUAUUCUAGCUUACACCGACUUCUUCGAGCAGAAAAAGUGGAUAUGGAGUAACGAUAGUGGCGUCUGUACCUUGGACCACGCAAAGGGGAAAUGUAUUCUUACUUACGACAAAGAGCGGUUUAGGGAGAGCGACUUGGUUCUGUUUCACGCUAGAAAUAUGCCAGACGAAUUCUUUCUGCAAUGGCUCUCACAAAACAGACCUACUUCGCAGCACUGGGUUUAUGCCUCGUGGGAAAGUCCAAACAAUUCUCCUGACCCUUCGCUGCUCGACGAUUUGUUCAAUUUGAUAUGGAGCUACAGAAGCGAUGCGGAUCUGUGGAGCCCGUAUGGACGUUAUGAGAAAAUAUAUCCAAAUGAUGCAAUAAACCCUAAAAAUCCUGGUGUUCACGACUACACUAAAGGAAAAUCAAAACUUGUGGCAUGGAUAGCUUCGAACUGCGUUUAUCCACUUGUUCGAAAGACUUUUGUUCAUGAGAUACGACAGUAUAUCGACGUUCAUGUAUUUGGCGAUUGUUCCAGCGAAUUUGGCCAAAAUAGAAUUUGCUCAGAUUCCGUUGAGUGUCUUAAAGAAUACAAAUUUUACCUCUCACUUGAAAAUGCACUAUGCGAAGAUUACAUCACCGAAAAGUAUUGGGGACGCUUAGGUAAGAAUUGUUUAGUUUUUAGAGUAUAUGCUCAAAGUAAUUUGUGCGUAUUUCAUUAAUUAUGUCCGCUACAUAGUUGUCGCUGUCAUCCCACUAGAAAAAUAAUCGGAAAUGUUCUUGUUAUAAAUAAUCUUGUCACAAUAACAUAAUUUAUAAGCAGGGAUCAAAUGGAGCCUCCAUUUCCCAUACAAGCCCUUGGAAUCAACCCUUUCCCGAGUAGAUUUAUAAUUAGAACGGUUCCCAGAGGAGACUUCGCACGCCGACGGUGGAAAGAGCCAAUCACAACGACGAAAUGACACUGCUAUUGUACUUCAUCAAACAGCAGGAAAUUCGUUGUUGACAGGCCAAGCAUCAUCCUCGGAGACCCAAGGGCAGUUAGUCGGGUCGAUAAAAUGUUCGUGGUGAAAGUUUACUGUAAGAUCGAGACGAGCCCCUGGGCACUUACUCUUACCGAACCAGUUCCAGAAGCGUUUGAAUUGCCUGCUUCUGAUUGGCCAGAAAAAAUUUUUUCUGGCCAAUCAGCGAAGAGAAGCUGCCGGGUGACUCUCGUGUUUUCUUACACGACGUAGUUUUCCUCAUCGAUCGCCAUAGUUGCGUAGCCCGUUCAACUGGGAAAGUUUCUCGACGAAAGUUUCGGAACAAAAUGUUAACAACCCGCAAAAUUGCAACCUUUAGCACGGCUACAAGAAACAAACACGCUCCGAUGAAUUUUUAGGGCGGAUCUUUCCAAGGUGUUGUAAAUUUUUAUUGCUGAUACGAUACGAGAUGCAUGACUUGCACUUUCCACACCUUAAUUUGCUCACAUUGUCUAGUAUACAACACCAAGCUUACAUUGUAGAUGUCCAUGUUCGUUGCACGACAUCUGAAACUUUCUACAGUGUGAAAAUUUGCGUUGCAUGGGCCACGCAACUACGUCGAUUGAUCGUGGGAAUUGCUGGCUUCCUGCAGUGCACGCACCUUCUUGCUUUCGCGCCAAACUCGAUCCCUUACCGUACGUAUUUUAAAUACAGCCGUUGUGUUUAGUUCGAAAUCUCGGUCCGGUUAUGUGCUGAAUCCUGACUUGUUAAGUGAGGUCGAUUUUUGCAGGUUGUGUGGGUUUAUUUUUACGGAUAAGUGAGGAAAAAAAAGUAAAGGUGAGUUUGCCAAAAUGUUUGAAAGUGGUUGGUGUGAAAGUUUUGGAGGGCGAUAAACGCGCAGUGUGUGACACGUUUAGGUACAGAGUUGAGAAAUCGUGGAAGGAUGGGAUGUCUAUCUAGAUAUUUUUGUAGUCACUAAAGCUUUACAAGAAGUGAACGCUCUUAUGGAAAUUCCAGGGAGAAGAGACCAAGCAAUAGGGACACUUUCCAAAGAUCAAACUUCAGCUCUUGAUUUCAAGGACCUGGGUUAAUCUUCACUGUGAUUAGAAUUAUGGCUAAUAUAGAAGAAAUGAAUUUUUAUUAUAAGAAACAUGUAUAAGAGUAAUUUCACAUAAUAUGUGGUUUUUUGCCAAACUAUUUAUCUAUGAUUGACUUGAUGUUUCCCCUUACUGACCCCCUCAAACAUCCACAGUGCCAUUGUUUUAACUCCCUUGGAAUAAUUCCAAUUGAUGGUACAAGAUUGGACUUAUUUUGAGAAAAUAAUGCUGCAAUAUUAACAAUUUUCCUUUGGUGCAUUUGUUUGAUAUUUUAUAACUUCCCGAUCAUAAUUUUCCUCAUCUGACAAUAAUAUUCUUCAUUGAUAAUUAUUUUUAAAUCUUUAAACACCCUCUUCAGAAAAAUAAAAAAACUUCAUUGCAUGGUCACCGUUCCACACAGUGUCUUUAAAAUACUUUCCACAGAACAUAACUUAUUACAACUAUCAAUUAUUGUUUCCUAUAGAAGACAAUCAGAGAAUACAAAUUCUAGAAUACAAGCGGUGAAGAUUUGAUUCUUGAAAUUCCUGUCACAGAUCAUUGAUUUUCUUUAAGCAGACUAACAGUCUUUGGCACUGAUGUCGCAACAUAAGUGGCUUGGAAUGAUUCUGCUGUUUUCAUUACUGUCAUCAAAAAAGGAAGGAGUUUUUUCUCUUCUACAAGUUGUACACUUAAUGAAAUCUAAAAGAAGAAAGACUUUAAGAAUUAUCGAAAACAGUAAGAGACAAUUUCAGCACAGUUCCCUUUUUUCCAGAGAGUGUUGGAAAACAGUUUUUGUAUGUCAUAUGUAGGUAUACCAUAUUUACUUGUGUAUAAUGUGCACCCGAAUAUAAUGCACACCCCAUUUUUCUAGACAGUUUUCAAAUAAUAUACUCAAGUAUACUUGUUGGCCACCUAAAAUAAAAUAUUACAGCUCCCUGGUAUAUACAUUACUCAAGCAGUAUUAUAAGUAGAUAUGUGAACUCCACUAAAAAAGUUAAAAAAAAAAUUUCAACAGCUUAAAAAUAAAAUUAAUGUAAUGGAAUCUGUAGUUCUGUAUUAUGGGGCGUUUUUCCAUUUAUAAUAUGUAAAUGUUCAAUAAAAAAAUUGCACUAUUAUCUUAAUUAAGCAGUCGCAAGGCUUACUUCAUCACCUUUCAAUUGUCAAUAAAUGGUGACAAAAAAACAUGAUAAUUCUUGUGAAGUGUCUGUCAGCUUUUAGACAUAAGAUUACUGAGCAUCCUUGAAUAAAAGCCAGAUCUACUGUUAAGUAUAACGAGUGUCCUGAAAGGGGGACAUCAAUCCCAUUGAAACUGUUUAACCCUCAAUUCCCAUUUUUUACAUUUUCUUCCCAUUCUCAAUGAUAGAAUCCCCCUGCCAGUGACUUAAAUCCCAUUUUUCCAGAGCAACAACAUCCCAUUUUACCCCUUCAGAACUCCCCACAAUGAAUUCAGUGUAGCAACCUUCCUAGUAAACAAAUCAGCAUACUUACCAAUGAACAGCUGUAUGUACCUGCAACGGGAUUCUUCUGGUAAAACUCCUUAAAGAACAUUGCCCUGAAUUUCUUGUCCCCCAGUUAAUGAUUCCAGGCUUCCAUACAACAAAGAAAACACUCCCUAUCCAUUCAAUAUUUCUGAUCUUUUGUUUUGCUUUCCCCUAAGAAAGCGGCCUGAAUUUCUAGUGACCUCGAGAACUUAACCUGGUCCACCACAAUUCACAUGAGAGGUGAAAUCACUAUGACCAAUGGAUUACUAGGGAAUUCAUAACCUUUAGCAUCUAACGAUUUUUAAACCCCCUAGCUUAUAGGCAACAUUUGGAAGGUUAGACUCUUCUAUCAAUUGCCCAAAAACAUCCCUUCUUUCCACAAUCUUCUCAAUAAUAAAUCUUUGCUUCGCUUUGAACUGUACCACUGUACCACAGGAAACAAAGACAAGUCUUCUAAUUCUUCAAGCGCUUGCUGGAGGUCUCCCUCGAAUCUAAAGUUAACACUACUAUCAACUUCGGCACAAUUCGUACGGUCAACUGCUGUAAGCUUUUAAGCUUAAAAGUUUCGAAAGGAGUUUGGAGCGAAAGCACAAAGGCACUGCAGUUAGCCGGCAUUUUCCACAAUCAAUCGACGUAGUUGCGUGGCCCGUGCAACGGAAAUUUUCACGCUGUAGAAAGUUUCAGAAGUCGUGCAACGAUCAUGAUCAUCUAAAAUGUAAGGUUGGCGUUGUAUACUAGACAAUGUGAGGAAAUUAAGGUGUGGAAAUUAAAAGUGAAAGUCAUGCAUCGCGUAUCGUAUCAGCAAUAAAAAUUUACGAUACCUUGGAAAGAUCCGCACUAAAAAUUCAUCGGAGAGUGUUUGUUUCUUGUAGCCGUGCUAAAGGUUGCAAUUUUGCGGGUUGUUAACAUUUUGUUCUGAAACUUUCGUCGAGAAACUUUCCCAGUUGAACGGGCUACGCAACUAUGGCGAUCGAUGAGGAAAACUACGUCGUGUAAGAAAACACGAGAGUCACCCGGCAGCUUCUCUUCGCUGAUUGUUUUUUCUGGCCAAUCAGAAGCAGGCAAUUCAAACGCUUCUGGAACUGGUUCGGUAAGAGUAAGUGCCCAGGGGCUCGUCUCGAUCUUACAGUAAAGAGGGUCUUAAUACUAACGCACAAUGUUAUCAGAAUAUAUCACAAGUCUUGCUGACAUCAGCUUUCAUAUUGUGGCCUACAUGUAUGCGCGGUUUCGGUAUUCGGGAAAAAAAACCGAUGCGGUUUGCGGUUUUUUGGCGUAUUUCUGUGCGGUUUUGCGGUUUUCGGACCCCCCUUACGCCCCCCUCAGUAAACUUUCACCACGAACAUUUUAUCGACCCGACUAACCGCCCCUGGGUCUCCGAGGAUGGCCAAGCAUACACAAUCAUAAGCUAGUGAAACGUGACUUUAGCGUUUUCAUCCCUCAGAGAUUUUCUUUAUUUUUUCUUUCUAGCGGGUGGAUUAUACCGUGGAGAAUUUUAAACUCUGACUUUUUUAAUAUUAAUUUAAGUUGCUUGUCUCACAUUAAGAGGCCAUGAAGCUGGUCUGUUACAUGCAUAAUGAUUAACUACUACCUGCAGUCUGUAGUUCUGACAGGAUUCGUUUUCUUUAACCAAUUUUUUUGAGCGUUAAGGUUCUUAUUUCGGCUGAAUGACUCAGUAUUAAUCAAAUUUCUAGUUUUUCAAGGUUUUUUUUUUCCGAAAUGCGUUUAUCUGAAUAAAUACUUGUAGUCCUUGUGGUUGUUUUGUCCGUCAGCUAGUGUGAUGAUUCCCUGCUAUGUUUUGUAACGCCGGGUCCAGCCAUUGUCUUCUCGCAAAAAAGUGAUCUACAGAUACGAAUUCGAAGGAAGGAAUUGAGCCUAAACUUCUACAUUAACUGCUGAGAAUUGUCCUGUUAGUCAGUCGUAAUUCUUUUAGCGCAGAUACAAUCCAUUUUGUUUUUCUUGAGAUAAGUGGGUCUUUGGACUAGAGCGCGAUGUCACAAAUUCCUCCGUUAGCAAAUUACUUUUGAGUUAGCUUCACGGUCGAGCAACUGUUGUCUUCUGUUCAACUUUUCAAGUGCCAGUUUUAUCAGGCAACUCUCAUGAUGAUACAAGUCAGUUGUAAAGGAAGACUGCAAUUUCUCAAAUUUCGGAGCUGAAGCAUUCCUCGUUAGUUGCUACUUAGGGCAUCGCUUUUGCAAGCGGUUCUUAACUGGCGAAAUCCACUCCACGGUGAUGACAAAAAUCAAAUGAUCCUGGCACUUUUUCGGCGCUGAUCAUCGAAAAGUUCCAAAUCGUCCACAGAACGCUUAAUCGUCGACUCUUUUCAAGGUGCAUGCUUAAAUGUGGGAUGUAUGACAGCAAAAAAUGAAACACUCGCAAAGAUAACCUUUCCGUGAUCCUCAGUUCGCUGCCUUUGUCCCAUCGCUUCAUGCUCAGUCUCAGUCGGGUAAUUUAUUAACUUUUAUUUCAUGACACCCAGAUCCCAGCGGCUGUAAAAUUGUAAAAAUGGACGAAAAGGAAAGAAGGAAAACGGUCGAAGGACGGGCUUCUGAGUUCGACUUCAUCCAAUUUUAUUUUUUCAAGGUGACACACGAGACUCACGGAGAUAUGACACUUUUCGCGGGAAACUAUCCCUUCUAUUUAUAAGUCUACUCGGGAAAGGGUUGACUCAAGAAAUUAAUGGAGAUGGAGGCUCCAUUUGAUGGGCUCCUGUUUAUAAGCUAUUGUUUGGAGCCCCCUAGACACAGGCCUAUCAGAGACCCAAUAAACACGUAAACCCACAAAUGUAAAAACCUAACCAAGAAUCCAGAACCAUAAAUCCGUUUAUACUUGCCCCAAGUCGAUCUAACCAGUUUCCUUGCGGACGGGGUGACCUUUCUGGCAGGUUUUUAGGCCGCGAAGAGGCCGAGAAAGCGACGAAGUCGCGAGGACGAAGGACUUCUUUUGAAAGUCUAAUAAUAAUAAACCCGUUGGCCCGUGAAAACCUAAUAAACAUGUUAAUAAUUAUAAUAACUCAAGGGCUCAGAACUAAAACCCAACAACCUAACAACCCUCUUGCUACAUUCCCAGAAACCAAUGUGCAAUGUUAUUUCCGUUAUUUUGUUUGUCGAAUAAAACUGUUGAUUAUCUAGAAAGUGCUGAACACGGGAGUUAGAACCGCAGAAUAGAGAAUAUAAUUCAGAGUAUUGUUUAGACUGCAAAACAGUCCGUAUUUUUGCAUAUUCAAGUACGCGCGAGCAGUCAAACAAAAGGUCUGGAACGAGGCUGAAACAGAGAGCGAGAUUGGGGAGAGACGCCCUACGGGCGUGUGAGUAAGCGUGUGGCUCACGCGCUUCGCGCGCGCAAGACUCUUUCGCCACGCUUCACCGAUUUCUUUACUGAUUUUGAGCAAAGAAACCGACUGUUUUGCAGUCUAAGUAUUGUUGGGAAGCCAUUACCACACCUGGUGACUUUGACAGUCACUCAAUGUUGGGAGUUUGUGGUGCGUCUGUGUUGGCACGAGUGGUGUACAAACGACGGCAACAACUCCCACCAAUGUUAGGACCUGCAGUGCAUCAUGGGAAGGGUACAACCCAUAAGAAUCUAGAGACCAUGUGUAAUGUGUUUGCGUGGCCCCAAUUAUGUUGGAAGAGCUGUGCAAACGGAUCCAAAAUUGUUGCGCUACGAUUCGGCGAUCCCAGAACAUCAGAAAUGUUGGAAGUUGUUCGGUCAAAAGUUUGACCGGUUUCAAACUUUUCGAAAAACUGCCAACAACGCGCAACAACAUGCAACAGGGUGUGCAAACGGACGCAACAUGUAACAUUCGACAAUGUUGGGAAUUGUUGACCAACAAUGUUGCGUCGGUUUGCACGGGGCUUUAGGCAAGCGAACGCUGUUCGCUUGCCUAAAGCCCCGCGCAAACGAAAUGUACACGCGACCUUUCAUGCUUUGCCUCUAUUUUAUUUGUGAGCGUAAAUUUUACGCACGUACGCACCUAUAAGUUACCCGACAGUGGAAAUCCACCCCAAGGGAUACAAUUUUCAUUCUUCAAACUCCUAGGAUUACUAACGUGAUCACCAAAUCAUAACAUCAUAGACUCUCUUCUUCUAGUUCACUUCUAACUUCUGAACUCCCAUUUUAUCUAUCAAUUUUUGUGUUUCAGGUGAUGAAAAUGUUGUUCCUGUCGUAUUGGGAGGAGCAAAUUAUACUAAACUGGCCAUCCCUGGGUCAUAUAUCAAUGUUAUGAACUUUAAAACUGUGAAAGAGCUAGCGGAAUACCUUCAUUAUCUGGACAGAAACGCUACGGCUUACAAUGAGUAUUUCGCUUGGCGAAAAAAAUUUAAAGUCACUGCUAAUGACAUGGACUUGUCCCUGUGUGAUAUUUGCAAAUCGUACUUCUCGAAGACUCAGCUUGAAAGGAAAGUGUAUAAAGAUAUGGCAGAAUAUUGGGUAGCAAUGGGGAGAUGUAAUGAAAAAGAUUAUCGCAUUAGAAAUAUGAUCUCUUCGUGGAAUCAAGAACGGCGGUGA